UGACAGUUGGGGAGGGCAGGGACAGUUGGGGAGGGCAGGUUGGCCGAGGAGGGCACUGCAAAGCCCAAGGAAGGCGGAGGUAAACAGGCAGCAAAGGAAAUCCGAACAGAAAAUUCAGAAAACUUGGCUUAAAGGAGUGCCUGGGGCCUGAAGAUGAGGACUUCACAGAUUAAAGGAGGAAAAAGAAAGCGAUCUGGAAAUAAGUGGGAAGCCUACUCUGCAAAAUCUGAUGGCCAAGCGAAACAGAAAAGUAGGGAUAUGUCCUCAGCACCAACUACUCCUCCAUCAGUGGAUAAAGUAGACGGAUUUUCUCGGAAGUCCGUCAGAAAAGCCAGACAGAAGAGGUCACAAAGCUCCUCCCAGUUUAGGUCUCAGGGCAAGCCUAUCGAGUUAACUCCCCUGCCUCUGCUAAAAGACGUUCCAUCUUCAGAGCAGCCUGAACUGUUCCUAAAGAAACUUCAACAGUGCUGUGUCAUUUUUGACUUCAUGGACACGCUUUCAGACCUUAAAAUGAAAGAAUACAAGCGCUCCACUCUUAAUGAACUGGUGGACUACAUUACAAUAAGCAGAGGCUGUUUGACAGAGCAGACUUACCCUGAAGUAGUUAGAAUGGUAUCUUGCAAUAUCUUCAGAACUCUCCCACCUAGUGACAGCAAUGAAUUUGAUCCAGAAGAAGAUGAGCCCACCUUGGAGGCAUCGUGGCCGCAUUUACAGCUUGUAUAUGAGUUUUUCAUACGAUUUUUGGAAAGCCAAGAAUUUCAGCCCAGCAUUGCCAAAAAGUACAUAGAUCAGAAAUUUGUAUUGCAGCUGUUGGAGCUGUUUGACAGCGAAGACCCUCGAGAACGAGACUACCUAAAAACAGUCUUGCACAGAAUUUAUGGCAAGUUUCUGGGUCUUAGAGCAUUUAUCCGAAAACAGAUUAAUAAUAUUUUUCUACGAUUUGUUUAUGAAACUGAACACUUCAAUGGCGUAGCUGAACUGUUGGAAAUUUUAGGAAGUAUUAUCAAUGGUUUUGCUUUACCUCUGAAGGCAGAGCAUAAACAGUUUCUGGUGAAGGUGCUGAUCCCUUUACACACUGUCAGGAGUUUAUCACUCUUCCAUGCACAGCUGGCGUAUUGCAUAGUACAGUUUCUGGAGAAAGACCCCUCGCUCACAGAACCGGUCAUUAGAGGUUUAAUGAAAUUCUGGCCAAAAACCUGCAGUCAGAAAGAGGUCAUGUUCCUAGGAGAGCUGGAGGAAAUCUUGGAUGUAAUUGAACCAUCACAAUUUGUCAAAAUCCAGGAACCGUUGUUUAAACAAAUUGCCAAGUGUGUCUCUAGCCCUCAUUUUCAGGUGGCUGAAAGAGCGCUGUAUUAUUGGAAUAACGAGUACAUCAUGAGUUUGAUAGAGGAGAACUCAAAUGUUAUACUUCCCAUCAUGUUUUCCAGCCUUUAUAGGAUUUCUAAAGAACACUGGAAUCCGGCUAUUGUGGCUUUAGUCUACAAUGUGUUGAAGGCAUUUAUGGAAAUGAACAGCACCAUGUUUGACGAGCUGACAGCCACUUACAAGUCAGAUCGUCAGCGUGAGAAGAAGAAAGAGAAAGAACGCGAAGAACUGUGGAAAAAACUGGAGGAUUUGGAAUUAAAGAGAGGUCUUAGACGUGAUGGAAUAAUUCCAACUUAACAAAAAAACAAAACAGCAUUAUUAACCUGUGGAGUCACACAUUUAUGUAGUAGAAGAUGGAGCAACAGUUUUCUGUAUUGUGCAACUUUACAGUAGAUUUCACAUUUGUUUCAUUAUUACAACAGCACUGUAUAUACCUGUCUCUAAGUAAAGGAAAAAAAUAAGGACUUUAAUCCAAAGUUUGGACAACAGAUGGACUUCUCAGAACUUUGCAAACAUAAUCAUUGUUUUAACCCUUCUUUAAAACCAGUCUUCAAAGAUCUGUUGAUGAAAAUUGCAAUGUCAAAUUCCAUUGUCAGGACCUGUUCCUUAUUUAUCAUUAGCAGAGAGUAUAAUACAACUUUCAAAUGUGAACAAUCUUAAAAUUUAGCUUGUCUUUCUGCUAAACUGUUACGUGUAUUUAUAGUAAAAGAGAAAAAAGACUGUCAUUUCCUUAUGAGUUUGUGUAACAUCCUCCUUCUCUGGAUAACUUUACUGUAAUUUGACUUUUUUUUUCCUUUUGCACAUCUUCAUGAGUUGAAUGUCCAUUCAGAUCAGGGCCAUGAAAAACAUUGGUCCUGAAUAAAAGUUUUGUUUACUGGUGUGAGAAUUUUUUUAGUACCAGGCUGUCUCUGGUGCUUCCUUAAUUUGAGCAUUAGGAGUUAAAAAAAAAACAAGUAGGUGAUAAACAUAGUAGGAAAGGGAGCUUUGGAUUCAUGCACCUUUUUAUUACAAAUCCAAAUUAGUGUCCACAAUCCUUGAAAAAAUGGGCAGUGGUAACACCCUGAACUUCAGUACCUAACCAGUAUUAGUGAUGCAGCAUUGGAGACACGUACCAGAGUUGGUUUAGAAACACUAAUUGCUAAAUUAUUACAGUAUGUUUUUAUUGGACCAUUUAGAAAGAACACACGUGCUAAACAACACAAGCAUGAAAUUGCUCUCCAGUGGUCACGGAUCUAAUUGGAAAAUGAGUUGAGAUAGCAGUUUGGACAGUUUGGAGUUGUUGCCUUACUUUUUAAUAUGUAUUUAUAAAGUGUUCCAGCAAAAGAGGAUGUAGCCUCUAAAAAACAUACUCUAGUGUUUUUGUGGUUCUAGUACUAUUACUCAUCACAGUACCAGCCCUGUGGUCUUAGCUGGAAAGGAUUCUGGAUAAUACACUUCUGCAUUCUCAUCUGGAUGCUCAUUCCUAACUACUGUAUUUGUUACCAAAAGUGGUUCUACAAAUGCUACUGAAAAAAAAAGAAUUCUGGAAAUCCUAAUGUUCUGAGUAUUAAUAAUAAAGUUUAAAAUGCUUUUAUAUCAAAGGUGCAUUGUGACCAAAUUGUUUAAAACAAAAGAGGAAAAAAAAAAUUACAAAGAACAAAAGAAGAGGGCUGUAUUAUAAGUAUACAUUAUUGGCUAUCUGCUUUGUAUUUGAAAGUGGAAUCUUACAUCUUUGGUAGGUAAAAUGCUGAUAAGACUUAUGUACAGUAUAUAUUUAGCUAAUGCAGUUGCAUUAUUAUAUACCAGAAGGUAUGUGUUUUGGGAUUUUUCUCCAGGAUGCUUUUGAACUGUUAUAGACAUAUGACAACAGUGAAUUGAUAAUCCUAAACCAUCAAUCCAGCAGUAUUUACAGUAUAAAACUGAAUUGGUGUUCAUGAGUCUUUGUGAUAGUUGCAAACAUGAAUUUAUGACCUGUUGCCAUUGAUAGAAAUACAGUAUAAAUACAAGCUUGUAUAUUUUUCUUCCUACCAUUUAAAUAUACAGUAGGAUUUGAAGUUUUCUUGUUUUCAGGCACGGAAAAGAGGUAAAAAAGGAUUCCCUCCUAGACUACUGACUGUUUCAGGAUUAUCAGGUCACAGUUUGUACUCCUGGGUCUGCGCACACAAAUGUUGUAAACUCAACGUUUUGUAAGAACUUGACACUGUUAAUUCUGGAAAAAAAAAAAAAAGUGGAACUAGUCA